UCUCCAUCAAUCCCCGCGCAUCGUGUGCUUGCCGCCCCCGCAUUGCUGCGUGUGCCGUGCCUGCUCUGGAAUCCCUCAAUCUCUGGAAUCCGCCCCGACUUGGACAGUCCUCGCCAUUCCACUUCCACACCGUCAACCUCGGGCAGCCGCUCGUCCAACUCGCACGCCCAGCACCCGCCCUCGCUCGCUGUUCCUCUGUGACUUUGACUAGUCAUGGCCGCUCCCGCGCAGCUGGCUUACCGCACCUCAAAGGGCAUCGGGGUCUUCAACGCAGCUCCCGUCUACGAGCCGCUUCCUGGCUUCGACCGACCGGAAGGCAACCUGCGAUGCUGCUGCUACUCGCCUGACAGCAGAUACUUUGCGUGGGCAUCACCCGAACAGGUUUCGGUUGUCGACACAUCCUCUGGCCAACUCGUCACCGCGCUUCCUACGCCCAAUGUCUUCGAGCUCGGCUUCUCGCCGCUAGGCACCUACAUCAUUACCUGGCAGCGUCCGUCCAAGGAUGAAGAGGGCAACGCCGUCAAAAACCUCAAAGUGUGGCACACCGUGCCUGGCGACGGCGAGACCGGACAGAACCGUACAGUCAUCGGCGAGUACGUGCAGAAACAACAGACGGGCUGGAACCUGCAGUACACUUCGGAUGAGGCCUUUUGCGCGCGCGUUGUGACAAACGAGGUGCAAUUCUACCAGGCGGAUGACUUACGGAACGUCUGGAAUAAGCUGCGCGUUGAAGGAGUAACCGACUUUGCGGUGUCGCCCGGCAAGAACCAUUCGGUUGCUGUUUUUGUCCCGGAGCGAAAGGGCAUGCCCGCCGCUGUCAAGGUCUUCCAGGUACCCCAGUUCAACUCGGCUGUCUCGCAAAAAACCUUCUACAAGGGAGACAAAGUCCAACUCAAGUGGAAUAACCUUGGAACCAGCCUCAUUGUUCUCGCCCAGACCGAGGUUGAUAAGUCCAACAAAAGCUACUACGGCGAAACGAACAUGUACAUCCUGAGUGCGAAUGGUUCUUUUGAUUCUCGCGUUCAACUCGACAAAGAAGGCCCCAUUCACGAUGUCUCCUGGUCGCCAAACUCGAAAGAGUUUGGAGUGGUGUACGGUUAUAUGCCUGCCAAGACGACCAUCUUCAACGCCCGCGCCGUUGCGCAGCACAGCUUUGACCUUGCGCCGCGAAACACUAUUCUGUUUUCGCCUCAGGGUCGAUUUGUUCUUGUGGCUGGAUUUGGAAACCUGGCUGGCCAAAUGGACAUUUACGACCUGGAGAAGAAUUACCAAAAGGUCAAUACCAUCGUCGCGUCCAAUUGCACGCACUGCGAGUGGAGCCCCGACGGCAAACACAUUCUUACUGCGACUACGAGCCCCCGUCUCCGUGUCGACAAUGGAAUCCGCCUCUGGCACAUUGGCGGUACUUUGAUGUACAACGAGGAUAUGACGGAGUUGUAUCAUGUAACCUGGCGGCCUCAGAUCACUCAGUUGGAGAACCCUCUCCAGGCGGAUAGCCCUCAUGCUUCAGCCGUGGAUUACCUUAGUAAGGUGAAGACUCCCUCUAAACCAGCUGGCGCGUAUCGUCCCCCAGGCGCUCGCGGAACCACCACUCCGAUGCUCUUCAAACGCGAAGAUGAAGGAGGUGCAGCGUAUACGAAUACCGGAAUUUCCACCAACAACGGAUCCUUUUCUGACAAGUUCGGAAAGCCUCGCCGCCGCGAGGUCCCUGGUGCGGAACCCGUCGACACUUUACCCCCUGGUGCGGCUCCUGGUGGAGGUGUUAGCCUCACCGGCACCGAAGCUGCAGAGGGCGAGCUUUCGAAGGCUGCCUUGAAGAAUAAGAAGAAGCGAGAAGCCAAGAAGGCGAGGGAGGCGGCCGAGAAAGCUGCUGGGCUUGGUGCCGAUGGAGUCAACGCUGCCCCAGGACCUGCCAAUGGUGGCCGAAGCCCGGAGCGACGUGAUGCUCGCAAUCAGCAACGCAGCCGGAGCAAGAGCAAUGCGUAUAAUAACGGCGGGAGAAGCCCGUCCCAGCACCGAAACUACGGAAACAGCCCGCAUCGACGCGACGGCUCAGGCUAUGAUGGAAACCACCGUCCUCAGGGAGAUCAUCGUGCUCAGGGAGACUACCGUCAACAGGGAGAUCAUCGUGCUCAGGGAGACUACCGUCAACAAGGAGACCACCGUGCUCAGAUGGGCCAGCAACAUCACCAUCGUGCUGGCUCCGGCUCAAACCGACACCAUCAACAAGAAGCUCCCGUCCGCCAGCCUCCAGCGCAACUGAAGACGGAGAACCAUGGCCCGGCCCCCGACUUGACGGUGACAAGCCCGGGAGACGGUAACCCACAUGACAAGAAGGUCCGCAGUCUGUUGAAGAAGAUCCGUGCCAUCGACGAUUUGAAGAUGAGGCAGGCUGGAGGCGAAAAGCUCGAGGAUACGCAGGUCAAAAAAAUCACCACGGAAGAAUCGAUCCGCAAGGAGCUUGCCGGCUUGGGCUUCACUGAGUAGAAUUCUAUGCUUGCACGAUAUAUUGAGUAGUUCGAAGCUCUGUCAUGGCUCCGGGGAGCAUGACCUAUAAUGGUGUACAGCAUUGCGAGGCUCAAUGUUUAGAGAAAAGUUUUGGUUGCAUCUAGAGUCCCGACGGGAUGUUGAAUGAAAAGCAGUGGAUAAAGAGCGUGUUGGAUGGUGUUGAAAAAAUGAAAAUCACAUUCUUGACCCGUC